AUGGCUACGAAAAGACAGCAGAAAGGCAAAGGAAAGACCACAGGAACGACUGCAAUCAGAGGAGGAUCGGAUCUGCACCUGGACACGAGACCGGUGGAAGCGUUAGCUCCCAAGCAUGAUAUCGGGAAAAAGACGCAAAAGCUGGAUUCGGAGGUUGCGCGAUGCAGAGUAGGGGUCGCGUGGAUCGAUCUUCUUGAGAUCGGAGAGCGACUGAGAUUCGGGGUGUACAACGACCGAGCUGAAAACGAAGCUGAGACGAACAAAUUGGUGGCAUCAUUCAAAGCAUCAGGGAUCGUACCCAUGAAGGAAACGUCGGCGAUACCACUGAUCCUGGAUGUGAAGCGGAUAAAAAAUGCUAAGAAGCUCGCUAACGAUUUCAAUGAUCCGGAGGAGGUGCCGGAGCUGAAGCUGAAUGACAUCGAGAAGAUAGUGGUUGCCUCUGGACAGCAUCGGCUGUCAGCGCUUCGACGGUACCACCAAUCUCAGCAAGACGAGUACCAGACGCUGGAGAAGAAACGCAACAAGAUCAUGACGCUGAAGCAUCCGUCUGAAGAACAUGUGCUAAAUUUCAAUGAGAUGCGUACCGAGAUGUGUGGGAUCCAGGGAGUGAUGGAAGGGAUGGGCAAGUGGGGCGUGAUUGUGUACGACCAAGGUGAGCGUGUUCCGCGGCUGCCACCGUUGCCAACGCGGCCGUCGAAGCGAUGGGGCCUGUACCAUCGCAUUGGUUUAGUACAAGAGAUGGACAUUGAUAAUCUGCACGAGGAACGUAUGGUAGCACUUGCAACCGUUGCAUCCGUGCGUCAUGUAGAUGGUGAAGGCUCAAAUCAACGAUUGCUGGCCAGCGGCGACGAGCUGGCCUGUCACCUGAGCCGCAAUAAUCCCUUGCACGAAUACAAAGAAACGGAAGAGGAAGUGCUGAUCACCAUUCUGAAGAAACUCAAGAGCGCAUACGACACGUCGCCCAAAGACACGCGCGACGACGUUGCGACGAAGACGCUCGACGAAAUUCGUACCGUCCAAGACAAGAACUCGCGUGUGCAGAAGGUUCUUCAUCAUGAUGGACUGUGCAUGUUCCUCUCCACGCGUCUCCUUCAGUUAGGACUGCACUUCAGACGUCGCUCUGAAUUUAGCGUGACGUGGCUCUCGAAGGCGAUUGACGUGUGCAUGGGAGUAUAUUUGUGUUGGAUUGAGAUACGCACCGCGACGUUGAAGAAACUCGGGUCGCACAAGGACUUUCCGUCCUAUAAGACCGUCGCAGACCUGCUGGACGAUGCAGAAGCAGGAGACCAACAGGCGAUUGCGGAGGUGGAGAAGCUGCGCAAGAGUAUCAACGAAACGCAACAAGAUGGCGAGGAGGGGGAUUUAUCGAUGUGGGCCGAGGUGAUGCAAAGCCUCGACAAUCAUGCGAAGACAGCGUUCGCGCAGAACAUCGAGAGCAUUGGGCAGAUGACGCCGAAGUACGUGCUGCGGUUGAGCGCGUAUCGGCAGAAUGCGAUCAUGACGCUGCAAGACGCGUGGUCGGUGAGCCCUGGCAAGGAUUACGGGGAGAAUGAAAUAUUGCAGCACCUCGAUCGAGUGGUCGCUCGUGUAGCGAUUCACCUAACGCCGAAGGAAGGCGACCGACAAGCUCCUGAGCCGCUGCUUGGUGGCAUGAUGAUGGACUAUGCGUGGACGACGUUCAGUCGGCUGCAGGAAGGGAUAGCAGAGAUGUGUCGAUGGUUUGAAGUCCUGCUGGAUUCGUGGAGGAUAGUGCAUCCGAAAUCGCACACGAUGGACGACUGGUCGACGGUCAUGCUCGCGAACAUCGCGAGGGAUCCUCGAUUCACCAGCCACAGCAAUAAAAACAGCAGAGCGGUGACGCAAAUCAUCUGGAAGCACCGCAACACGUUGAUGAUGCGGUUGACGAACUACAUGACGAACGAAAAGAUGUCGCACGCCCCACGACCGAAGGACAAGAAAGAGUUGGACAGUCGAUUCGCCGAGCUGUCAGCAGAAGAGAUCGAGGCCAGCGAUUCACUCACCAAGGUGUUGCAGUCGAGGAGGUCUAAGACUAGCGCGAGGAGCAGAGACUUAGCGAUGGAACCGCAGUCCAUCACCGGGAUGAUGGCGCUGCAUACGACGGGCUGGGACUGGCAAAGCUCGUCCAUCAAGAAUACAGGGCGAGACAUCGAGCCUUGCAUGAAGGCGAUCGCUGUGGAAUGCAAGUAUAUGGAGACAUAUCGCCCUAAGCUGUUGAAGGAUAAGUUGGUCGGAGCCAUUCGCAGGCUGUUAGAGGUCGAGCUCGGGUCUCGCGUCCGGAAGAUGCAAAUUAUGGAUGAAGCUGGGAAGUUGCGCCCUGUGCAGGAAUGGGUGUGGUGGGACGGACUCACUCUGCGAUCGACGCAAUUAGAUGCCGAAGUCGUGCUGCAGUCGCUCCAGGACAACGUCGUCCGCAAGCAGCAACAGACGCAAGCACGUCUUGUCCUCGAACAGAAAGAUCGCGAGGCCAUCAACAAAGCCAUCACUUACCUCACGAAUCUUCCAUGCGUUCGCGCAUCCGACGAUUCCAACUCGCUGGUCUCCCAUGAUGUCAUGGGCCCAUUGAAAGAAAUGAUCAGAGGCAUCGAAGUCAAUAGUGCGAGGAAGCGAUUCCGUACGCUCAACGGAGAUUCCAACCUCACUUUCGAUCUCCGGGAGCAUGACUUCGAGCUGGGAAUCGAGCUGCCAGACUCGUAUCAGGACCCGUUCACGAUCGGUUACAAUAUGUCAGAUGAUGAGGACAAUGAGGAGGACAAUGAGGACGAACCCGACACGCAGCCAGCGUCGAAGUCGAAAGGUAAACAGCGUGCCAUCGACGCACCCCCUCAACCUGUCGCAGACAAACAAUCUGAAGUUACGUCGGGAGCCUCGACUUCGUCCCGAGCACCAAAGAUCUCCCAGUCCGCUGUUGACAGCCAGCCACAGCCGGAAUCCGAAGAAGAGAUGCCGCAUCCAUCUACACGCUCGCCGCAAGCCCCGCCCCUUGACGUCUCCGAGGCUGCCACUAACAGACCUAACCCUGUCAAACCCAUUCCCAAACCAAGACCCAUUCCACGCAAACAAUCUCAGCGGACCGCUGUCGAAGAUGACAACGUCUCACCUCAUCCAGACUCCAUGGCUGCAGGACACGAUGCUGGUGCGGAUAUGGAUGAGGAUGAAGAAGCGACCCCACGUCUCACCAAGCGUCCUCUCGCUGACGUUUCUAUGCACGACCACGACGCAUCUUCUCAACAUGCCACUGAUGACACAGCUCCAUUGGCUGGUGAUGCACCAGAUCCUUCUCAAUACGGCGCCGUCGCAACCGUUCCAUCUGCUACACCUGCUACAGCUCAGCCCGAGCUCUUCGAACCAGAUGAAGACACUCAGGGCAAGCCCGUCGAUGAGGACACAGAGCUCGACAGUGAGGCUCACACCACAGAUGUCGACCGUCCUUCUGAUGACUCAUACGAACUUUCACAGCCCUUAUCACAGCCCUUGCCUCCUCGCAAGUCCAAACGACGCGUCGUCCCUGCCUCGCCCAAACGGUCCCAUGCUGCAACUGGUGCAUCAUCCUCAUCCUCAUCUUUGAUCCGUGGACGAGGCAGACCGCAGAAGAAGAAGCCAAAAAUCAUCCAGGGCCCUUCAGACGAUGAGGACGAUCAGACCAUAAUUCCCAUUUAA